AUUAAAAUGGCGUCAUCGAAGGAAACCUAUUGUUUGUGUGGUCAGCCGUAUAACAUUGGACAGUUUAUGAUAGAAUGUGACUGUUGCCGUGAGUGGUUCCAUGGAAGUUGUGUGGAUGUAAAGAUAUAUCAUUCGGACGAUAUAGACAAGUACCAUUGUCCAAAAUGCGCCCAAACUUACGGACCCUCUGUGUUAAAGAUCCCAACAAACAACCACAGAGCGGAUCGAUACGAGUUGGGUGCGGAGACUCGGCCUUCCCAGGUUGGGUCUCCAGCAUGGGUGCGGGCAUUGGCUGCAAGGCCUCUGCGCCCUGCCCCUGCUGCACUGCAGCGGAUGAGAGGUCACCAGUUUACAGAGGAAUUCAUCAAAGAUAAUGGUUUCACCAGGCCAGUGAUAUUCCAUACACCCGAGGGUCUAGACAUCAAAGUGCCCAACCCUGCUACAUUCACAGUCAGAUCGGUGCUCAGGUUUUGUGGUGCACAACUAGAGGUGGAGGUAAUUGAUGUGAGGAAGCAAAGUACAAUGCGUAUGCCUCUGGGAGACUUUGUGGAUUACUUUGAAAGUCCUCCCGAACAUCGGGAUGAGAAAGUACUAAAUGUUCUCAGUUUAGAGUUUUCCGAGACCAAUAUGGCUCCCCUAGUGGAACCGCCUUCUAUAGCACGCACGUUGGAUUGGGCGGAGCGCGUUUGGCCGACAUCAGACCGACCACCGAAGCCCUGUGUACAGAAGUACUGCCUCAUGUCUGCUGCAGGCUCCUACACAGAUUUCCACAUUGAUUUUGGUGGCACCAGCGUUUGGUAUCAUGUUCUGCAUGGACGGAAGAUAUUCUACUUGAUACCUCCAACAUCAACAAACCUGGCGCUGUACCAACAGUGGACACCGACUAAUCAACAAAAUGAAAGAUUCUUUGGUGAUGCAGUGGAAUGGUACGGUACAGCAGAAGUGUGUCCCGGAGAGACACUCUUCAUCCCGGCUGGCUGGAUCCAUGCGGUGCUCACACCUUGUGACUCUCUUGUCUUUGGAGGGAACUUCCUCCAUUCUUAUGCGGUGGAGAUGCAGCUGCAGAUCUACUCGAUCGAGAGUGGUGUAGAGAGCCCGCUUUGUUGCAGAUCGUACGAGCUAGAGCGACGCGCGGAGACUCCCACCACGCUGCGGUACCCGCUCUUUGAGACGAUGCACUGGUACGCCGCUGCGCACUUCCUCGCGCUGCUCCGCCGACACAAUGAGGAGUCACUGGACGAGGAGUUCACGCCGAGCGAGCUGGGGUUCUCGUCAGGUCCGGGGCCGGGUGCUCCGCCCCCCGCGCUGCUGCUGCGAGGCGCACGUAUACUUGCUGCUGCUCUCAAAGAGUGGCAUACUUUGAAAGCGACGGACGCUGCUAAACGGGACAAUGUACCAAAGUGUCUCAACUCCGGACAACUUGUACGGGAACUUUCUAAAGAGCUCAGGACUUUGGAGAAGAGGACUAUGAGCGCCAACAAAGAUAAAGAUUUCAAACCUAAAAGUAAUUCACCAAAUAAAACUACAAAGAAACAACAAGCACAGAAGAAAUCUCUUAAAUUAACAUUACCUAAGCCAAUAAUGCAUAUGGGACAAAAUGGAGAGUUUAAUGAUGAUAAAGUUUACCCAGAUAAGUUCUAUGUUGAUAAAGAAGUGUACGAAGAGAGAUAUGUUGCAGAUGUAAAAUAUAAUAGUUUACCAGACGCUAAGUAUAUAUUAGAAAAUAAGGAUAUACCAGAGAAAUUUACCUAUCAGAAUUAUGAGGAACAUAGCUAUCAAGACAAUGGAUAUGUCGAUAGGAUAGAUAAGAAAAUUUUAAAAGUUAAAAUCAGUAAUUCGCCUUCAUCAUCACGUGAGGAAGCUCCCCCUCCGUAUACUCUGCCGGAGCACUCCAUCCUCAAGUCCCACCUCAUCCGGUCAGACCGCACCACACUGAAGCCUCUCCAGCAAUGGACCAUAUCUAAGAAGGAUAUCGGAGAUUAUCAUGAAGAACAGCUGCUGUUCACAAAUGAAAAUCUACAGACAAAUAUCAGGAUUGAGGGACAGGAUCUGAAUUAUGGACCAGGAAUGUACUCAGCGGAAGACAUCCAACAAGACUACCAAUACUCCGAGGGGGCAAAGCCUGGUUCGUACCAGCCCGAGUUCGCGUACCAGGCGGAGCUGCCAUACGCCACGGAGUAUCACCGGUACGACGAGACAGUCGCCGUACCCGUACACCAGACUGCUACAUACACAACGGUGCCGGCUGAGCAAGUGGCGUACCAGACCCAGGUGCACCACACCACCACACCUCUGCCCUCGUAUGAUGCAGCCAUUGCUCAUCAGUAUGCCGCCACUACUUAUGUAACAGAAACCCCCAAAACUGAGAUCAGCCCUGUACCGGCGGGGACCCCCAGUGUGCGCAGGUCAGAGCGCGCGGUGCGGCGGCGCGUCUCCAGCACAUAUGACUACGAGGACGGCGAUCUCUUUAUUGACGACGCGCCCGCCCCCCGGCGACGCAAACCACCCCCCAAACACCGACCUCCUGCCCAACAUACUGUACCAGUGAGCAACAGCAGCGGGUAUCGCGGCUCGCGGCCGGCGCCAGCCAACGGCAUCGAAUCUCUCAUACAGGCAUCCGUGCUGGCCGAGGAACCCGGCAAUGCUACUGAGGAUGCGGCAGUGGCGGGCAUGCUGAGCAUUAGUGAGCGGUAUGCUGCACCCGCGCGUACCUUCGGCCUGGCCAGCGACACCCCGCCCGCAGGCGCGCCCGCUGACACCAACACCAGGCUCGACAGCUCUGGAACUGUUCAACGGAUCUUGAUGAAAUUCGACAUAGAUGACUUUGCAGACGAGGAGGAUGUCAUCAAGGAGGUGCACCGGGAUGAGGAGUAUGUGUAUCCAUCGUUAGAGAUGAGCUCCGAUGAGGACGAGGAGUGGACCUCCUCGCGCAGGCGCCGGCACUCACGCAACAGGAACGACAGCAAGACCAGGACUGACAAAGACGAGGCGUGGUCGCCGCGUGCUCGUGUGGGUCGCGUGACGCCGCGCACGCGAGGUCCGGCGCGGCCCGCAGUGCGUCGCGAGUGCGUGCGCGCUGCUCUGCUCGCUGCCGCACACAGACAUCCGCACCCGCACGCUCACACACAUGCGCACGCGCCCCUACAGAACGCAAAACGCGCGGUUCUAGCUUCGAAGAGCAAGCGACCGCCUGCGAGCGUCAGCGUGCAGCCGCAACACAAGAAUAAGUGUGCAGAUAUAAGACUGAAAAAGGGUAUGAAGACGGCCAAACAGCGCCUCGGCAAGAUCCUGAAACUACACAAAAUGAUAUAUUAAUAUAGCUAAAACAUAGCGUAGCAUCUAGCUGAACACACGGACCUUAGAAUUUAUAUUUUAUAUAUGUAUUUAUCACAAGGACCAAUGUGUGCUGUGGUACAGACGACUCCUCGCUUGUUCACUUUCUCUUUCUCACUUAUAAUAUUGAACAAAUUAUAUUAGAUUUUUUGUGUGGACAUUAAUGGAAACUACCCUUAAAUAAUUCGUUGGAAAACUUUACUCAAAUAAGUUGCUACAUUAAAAUAACGUUUGAAGAUAUAACGCACUUUUGACCGUAUUUAAAUUGUACUGAAAACAUUCAAAAAUAUAU